ACCACCUCUUGAUAGACGAUGGACCUGCUCCCUGCCCAGGAGGCGGCCCGCAUCUACCACACCAACUACGUGAGGAACUCCCGGGCCAUUGGCGUCCUGUGGGGCGUGUUCACCAUGUGUCUGGUCAUCAUCGCGGUGGUGGUGUUCAUCCAGCCCUUCUGGAUCGGCGACAGUGUCAACACACCGCAGGCGGGCUACUUCGGCCUCUUCCACUACUGCGUCGGCAACCCGCUCACCUCGGAGCUCACCUGCAAGGGCAGCUUGCUGGACUUUGGCUCCAUCCCGUCGCCGGCCUUCCGUACCGCCAUGUUCUUCGUGGGCGCGUCUAUGCUGCUAGUGGUGGGCACCACGGUGUGCUUCAGCCUCUUCUUCUUCUGCAACGCCGGGAGCGUCUACAAGAUUUGCGCCUGGAUGCAGCUGGCCUCUGCUGUUUUGAUGGUGAUGGGCUGCAUGAUCUAUCCCGACGGCUGGGAUGCCCCGGAGGUGAAGGGGAUGUGCGGCCAGCGGACGGGCAAGUACAGCCUGGGGAACUGCACAGUGCGCUGGGCCUACAUCUUGGCCAUCAUCAGCAUCCUGGACACUCUCCUGCUGGCAUUUCUCUCCUUCACGCUGGGCAAUCGGCAGGACAAACUGCUGCCGGAAGACUUUGAGCUGGGGGGCGCAGACGCUCCAAGAUCAAUCGGGAGACAUGGUCUCUCCCACACGUCCUGGGUCAUCCCUGGGGCCUCCUCCAGCAGGAUGUGCCUGGAAGACAUCCAGGAGCCGUCCUGA